ACGCAGGCAUGGCGGUUUGCUAAAAACGCCGGGAAUGGGUGGUAAAGGUAGGAAGAAGAAGGAUGCCCCACCUAGGGGAGGUCCAUCGAAGGAGGUUACCGGUACAAAAAGUGUUGAGAAUGAUGCUAAGAAUAGUCCAAUUGAGGAUGCUGUUAAGGAGCAAGUAGAGGUAGUAAAGCUCAUUGCAAGGGAUCUUGAGCUUAUGGGUCUUGUGGUAGAGGAGGUGGGUGAGUUGCAGUCAAAUCCUAGGGAUACUGGGUUGGAUGAGGCGACAGCAAUUGAGUCUAGAAAGGAGGCUGUGGUAUGGGAGAAUGCUUUAGUUGGUUAUGUCCUUGGAUGCAAGCCUCAUUUCAAGGAUAUGGCUAAUUAUGCUAAUAAAAGAUGGAAGGAAUUCCAAGUACCAAAGGUUUUUUCACUUAGGAAUGGUGUAUUUUUGUUUGAUUUUGCGGAUGGGGAGGCGAAGCAGGCUGUCUUAGAAAAGAGAUGGACUUUUCAGGACCAUCCUCUAAUUUUGAAACAAUGGACCCUUGAUUUUGAUCCUAAUAACCAAGAUGUUAGCAAAAUACCCGUGUGGAUUCAGUUUCCUGAUUUGCAUUUGAGUCUUUGGAAUCCUGAAAGCUUAGGCAAAAUGGCCAAUUACUUGGGUGUUCCUAUUGCUACUGAUGCAUUGACUGCUAAGAGGAAUUGUAAGGCUAAAAUUAAGAAGAUGUGGGUAGUUAAAGGUUCUGUGGAACAGAAGCAGCUUAUUAAGCCUAGUAUGCAACAAGUUGAUGCAACUAUGGUACAAGUUGAGCCUAAUAUACUUAGUGAGGUUGUUUUCCAACAGUGCAAGCAAGAUGAAGCACUAGAGUCUACGGUGGUGGUUGAUAAGGAAAUGCCUAUAAUGGAAUCUGACCAUGUCAAAGGAACUGUUGUUGAUGAUGGUAAUGUGACAGCUUUGUUUCCGGAAGUGUUUUCAAGACAAGCUGGUGAAGAAGCUGUUGGUGGACAAAUUCUUGCUAAGGAGGAUGGGAUGCAAGCGGCUGGGGGAGGGGACUUUAAUACUAUGCUUAAGCAGGAAGAAAGAUGUAAGAAAGGACAAAUAGUGCCUAGUGAUACCUUUGAACUUCAGAACUUUGCGGACAAAUGUGAGGAAGUGAAGGAAGCUACUCGAGAAUAUGAAAGGGUAGUUGAAACUGACCUAAUGUUGGCAACACAAAAAGCUAAAGUUGAUUGGCUUAGAGAGGUUGAUACCAACUCGUCAUAUUUUCAUGCAAUAGUGCAAAAGAAACAACACAUAGGGAAUAUUGCUAGUUUGACUACUGAAGCUGGCAAAAGAAUUACUCAAAGGGAUGACAUUGGCCAGGAAUUUGUUAAUUUCUUCCAAAAUUUAUUUGGUACCUCUGUUGAAGGGGUUCCUUCUAUUGAUUCUGCUAUAGUUAAAAGAGGAAGAAUUCAAUUGGUGAACUCUGUAUUGUUUCAUAUCCAAGUUUUUUGGAGUGGAGUUCUCUUGCUACCCAAAAAGGUUAUUAAGAGUAUUGAUGCUGCUUUUAGGAAUUUUGUUUGGACAAGAAAGUGGGAUCAAUCAGCAAUGGCACUUGUGGCCUGGUCAGAUAUUUGUGUUCCUAAAACUGAGGGAGGCUUAGGAGUUAAGCAGUUAGCUAGUUGGGAUCGAGCUGCUUUGUGCAAGUAUAUUUGGCUAAUUUGUAAAAACCAACAAGACCUUUGGGUACAAUGGGCUCAAGUAGUUCUACUAAAGGGGGAAAGCAUAUGGAAAGUAAAGUUACCAAAUGAUUGUUCCUGGUCUUGGAAGCAGAUUUUGAAGAUGAGAACUAGUAUUAAAGACCAAGUUUGGGUUCAAAUUGGGGAUGGUAGGCAGACAUCUCUUUUUUAUGAUCUGUGGUUGGAAGGUGGAAGACUAUGUGAUCGGGUACAAGUUAGAGAAGAGUUGAUGGCAUGGGGGCAUGGCAGUGUUGUGGCUAAAUGGUGGGAUGCUGGGGCCUGGCAUAUGCCGGAUAGUUUUGUUCGUAAGUACCCUUCCCUUGCCCAGUUAAUAUCAUCUAAAAAUCUCCAAGAUAAGGAGGAUAAGGUUGUGUGGAGGCCCACUAUAUCUGGUUGCUUUUCUAUUGCUAGUUGCUAUAAUUUGUUGAGAGUUAAGUAACCGAAAGUUAAUUGGCAUAGACUAGUUUGGUCAAGUGGAAAUUUUCCUCAGCAUAGUUUUAUUCUAUGGUUGGUUGUGCGUGGUAGAUUGAAGACUAAAGUCUUCUUGGCAUCCAAGGGUAUGAUCAUUGAUCUAGAAUGUUGUUUUUGUGGGGUAAGUAUGGAAAAUAUUGAGCAUCUUGUUUUCCAAUGUGAAUUUCCCAGAAGUGUUUGGAAGCUUGUCUUGGGAUUUUUUCAAAUUAAGAGGGAACCUUUGUCUUGGACAAAUGAAUGGAGAUGGAUACU